AUGCGUUACUCACUCUUCGUCGCCGGCAUUGCUGGUCUGGCCGCGGCUGGUCCCACGAACCAGCCCGACUACGACAACGAGAAGCGCGGCAUGCAGCCAGGCUGGGCUCAAAUGGACUCGGCCAGGCGCAACACCAUCGCGCAAAUCGCUGACAAGUUCCCCGAGAGGAUCCACAAGUGGUUGAAGCCGACCACCACGGAGGCUAUGACCACGGCCGAGCCCACGAAGCCUUGCUCAAAGACUACAGAGGCCUCUACCACUGAGGCCACGACCACUGAGGCCACGACCACUGAGGCAACGACCACUGAGGCCACAACUACCAAGCCCACCAAGCCUUGCAACAAGACGACUGAGGCUUCUACCACUGAGGUCCCGACCACCAAGCCCACCAAGCCUUGCACCAAGCCUACUGAGUCCACGACCAUUGCUGAGUCCACGACCACUGCCGAGCCCACGACCACUGCUGAGUCCACGACCACCGCCAAGCCUACGAAGCCUUGCACCAAGACUACCGAGGCCUCCACCACUGAGGCUUCUACCACUGAAGCCACCAAGCCCUGCACCAAGACCACUGAGGCUUCUACCACUGAGGUCCCGACCACCAAGCCCACCAAGCCUUGCACCAAGCCUACUGAGUCCACGACCACUGCCCAGUUCACGACCACUGCUGAGUCCACGACCACCGUCAAGCCUAUGAAGCCCUGCCCCAAGACCACCGAGUCUACCACGGCUGCGCCUACGACCACGUCGACUCCCUGCCCCAAGCCCAUCAAGACCAAGGUGACGACCGUCUGGUAA